GCCCGGCCGCCUCGCCGCCCGCUCCCCGAGACCCCCCGGCCGCUCACCGCUGGAGAUGAGGGUCCCUCCGCUGUCCGCGUCCGGCCGGAGCCGAUGACUCCGUGGCACCCCGGCCCUUCUACCGCUGUACCAUGCUCCUGGCAAGGGCCCGGUUGAGUUUCAGAGGCUCCCAUCUUCUUGCGCACUCCAAUUCUCCAUAUGCUCCAGCAGUUGCUUUUGUCCAACUAGUGGAUUCUCAUUUAAACCGGACUUGCAUAAGAGACUCUGAAAACCAGCCACUGCUGCACUCCACACGGUCGGGCACCUGUCUACCUCACUCGCCAGCUGAAGUUGUGCGAACGUUUCACACGUCCGCCUGCUUGCGUCAGCAGCUCCGAGAUGAACCUCCACCCCACCGAAGUACUGUAAACCAGGGUACUCAGCCUGCUAAAACUCCAACAAAACAAGUCAUAGAGAGUCCCGUGGGCAAAAAGUCUUUACGCCAAAAAAUUGUGGAUGAACUGAAACAUUAUUACAAUGGAUUCCACUUGCUUUGGAUUGACACCAAGGUGGCUGCCAGGAUGGUGUGGAGGCUGUUACACGGUCAGAUCCUCACUAGGAGGGAGAGACGAAGGUUGCUGAGAACUUGUGCAGAUCUCUUCCGGCUGGUGCCCUUCCUGGUGUUUGUCAUUGUCCCCUUCAUGGAAUUUCUGUUACCUGUGUUCUUGAAACUCUUCCCUGAAAUGCUGCCCUCGACGUUUGAGACAGAGUCAAAAAAGGAAGAAAAGCAGAAAAAGAAAUUAAAUGCAAAGCUGGAAUUAGCAAAGUUCCUGCAGGAGACCGUUGCAGAGAUGGCCAAAAGGAACAAAGCAGAUACAGGACAAGGAAAACAAUUCUCUUCUUACGUGCACCAGAUUCGUCACACCGGCCAUCAGCCCAGUACCCAGGAGAUCGUACGCUUCUCCAAGCUCUUUGAGGAUGAGCUGACCCUGGAACACUUGGAACGGCCGCAGUUGGUAGCUCUUUGCAAAUUGCUUGAGCUGCAGCCCAUUGGCACCAACAAUCUGCUCCGCUUUCAGCUGCUGCUGAGACUCAGAACUAUCAAGGCAGACGAUGAAAUGAUUGCCAAGGAAGGAGUCAGUGGCCUAAGUGUGUCUGAACUGCAGAGUGCGUGCAGAGCCAGAGGAAUGCGGUCAUUGGGUCUCUCGGAGGAGCAACUAAAGGAACAGCUCAGACAGUGGCUGGAUCUGCAUUUAAAAGAGAAUGUUCCACCUUCUUUGCUCCUGCUUUCCCGUGCCUUGUACUUGAUAGAUAUAAAGCCACAAUCUGUUCCAGUUCCACAAAAUAAGAUAGGUGAAACUGCUGAAAUCAUGACAUCCGUUCUCGAAGGUCAAGAGACGCUAGUGGAUCCUGCCCCCAUUGUACAGGGAAGAAAGAAUGAAGAAUUUGUAUCUCAGCCAACAGAGAAAUUGCCAGUCUCAGAAGUGUCAGUUAAGCCUCCCCCACGAGAGGUAAGCUUUUCAAAAUUCUUAGACUUUCCAAAGGAGAUAGUUCUUCACACAGCUUGGAGACAGACUGUGAAAAUUUGUGCUUCAAGAUGGUGUGAAUGUGAAGUUCAAGGAGCGACUGGAGGGAUUUUGGAUGAGAACUACAUUGAGGGCUGUUAAAUACAAAAAUACCAUGUGUGACUGAGAGACUGCAGUCAAAUCGGGGAAGGUAGCAGACCAUUGUGGGGAAUUACCAGUAUGUCCUUUCCUUGUACUCUUCCGUGAUAAUCUGCUUUGGACCACUAGGCUAGACCAGCCUUCCCUCAGAACCACCACAGUGUUAAGUGCUAUUUUUUAUCUGUAAAAGUAUUUCUACAGUGACUUGCCUUUCUUUUGCCUAUUUUCCUUUGUGAAUAUUUUAUUUCAAUUUACCUGCUUAUGUAUACAUCUAGGACAUCCACUUAAGGCAAGUUUGGGAGUCCAGACUGACUUUUAUCAACAAGAGAAUGCUUCUUUACCCUGAAGAACUUUGUUCUUAGUCAGCUGUUAUUCUCUAUAGCAGCUUCCCAUAGUAACUGGGAAGAUACCUUCUUCAAAACAAGUUUUGAAUGUCAAGAAGCAUUUGUAUUGGUACUGCCUAAAAUCUGUAACUUUCUCUUACACCUAGACUAAAAUGGAAGCAUCUCAGAGCAGCAAGGCCGGCGCCAAUGGAGUCUAGCCUGAAACCAGCAAGGACUGUCAUAACAGUGGGAGAGAAGAGCUUUUGUCUCUGCACCUCCUUAAAAAGAAAGAGUGACUUUCCAGGAGGCUGCUUUACACAAAAAGGUGUCAGUAGCCCUCAGGGGCCGCUCUAUCUAUUCCAAGCUUAUUAGCAACUAGGCCAUGCUAAGGCUAUCUGGAUGGCACCGGCUUCUCUUUGGUACCAGAUCCCCUGCCCCCAACAUUUUAACUUAUGUUGUAAAUAUGUUAAUAAUGACGCUACUGUCUGUGCUGUUACUGAAGAGGUGUUUGUGCUCUUAAGCCUUAGGAAAGGCAGCUUUUCAUUGUCAUAAAAGCCUGGGUGCAGAAUGAGCUAGGCUGGAAGUCCGGUAAAGCCUGUUCUACAGUUUGAAAUCCUCUGCAGGAACAUACCCACACAUCCAGGGCUUGCAGCUUGUCCUGCUGCCGCAGCUUUACAAGCUCAAGCUCUUGAUCCUAGUUAGCGUGGUUUAACCAAUAACUAGCACACAGAAUGACCCGUGUAGCCAUUGUAUUUCACGGUCGCGUUUGUACCAAGGAGAAUAACCACAGCAAAGGGAGGACCAUCGCUCUCCUCAGUGGUGUGGUUGAACUUAACUGGUCAGAAAGACUUGUGAACUUGCUGGACAAAAGCAGAGCAGCAAAGAGGACAGCUUCCACUGCGUGAGUGGUUGCAUUCAUCAGUAAGAGCUGCAUCGGGGCCAGACACUGUUAUAGAAGGCAGAGACUUGCAUUUUUAGGAUCUCACUGGGUCCUGUGAGGUGGCAACCUGGGGACCCACACACAUUGCCCAAGUCUGAUGUCAGACUUCGCUGAACCUCACCAGGCUCAGAACUACGCAUCAGCAAGUGCUCUCAGACUUGCUAUACUUUACAAAAUGAUUCUCCACACACUCCAGUGUUGACUGUUUUUUUGGUAGACUCUAUAGGAGGAUACUGAAAAGCUGUUUUUAGCAUUUGUUAAUUUUUUACUUUGUCCUAUGUAAAUGUUCAGAAAUUACUCACAUUAUGGGUUUUAAAUAUGUAUAUUUAUACUUACUGUAAAAUUAAAGUUAGACUUGGUGCUAAGUAGAAUGAUAUGUCUUUUCUAGAGGUCAGACAGCCUUUAGAACAAUCCAACUCAAAAAAAGCCAGUCAUCUCAAGGUCAGGUGUUAUCAGCACUUUAAACAUGUGACUUCAGGCUCUUACUAGCAAUGCAGAAACAGCUUGCAGAAGACAGCUACCGUCAUACUGUGUUCUUAGUUCUGUACCUGCACCCCUGCCUUGUUAGUACAGCCAGUAUGCAAUGCUGAAUAUUUGUAUUUAGCUGGUGGUUAGUAAA